UAGUGACACUUUUGUUCCCAUGCUAAUUCUUCCUUUUAUUCACUGCGAUGGCUUUGUUUACGCACGGUUUUAUAUAGAAAGGAUGACGACACGAACGUCUAUCUGUCUCUGAGGAGCACACCAGCAGCGCUUUUGCCGAACCUCUCGAGAUUUCACGUCUCUUGCCAUGAGUUGCCUGGAUGUUAUGUAUCACCAGAGUUAUGGAGCUCAUCAUUACUUGCCAGCGACACCAGCAGCGGCAGCGGCAGCCUACAGGGCGGCGUACCAGCAACAGCAACAGAAGAAACUCAAUGUGUACAGUAAGAUGCAGGAAUCUAUGAAUAUUCCCACACAUUGUUCCCAAGGGAGGCUAGUACAGAAGCAGAGGGAGGAGGUGCCAGAGGCAGACCAAACAGGGCUGCAGGGGAAAGAGCUCCAGCCUGCUGAGGCUGAGUACCUCAGCUCCAGGUGUGUGCUCUUCACCUACUUCCAGGGGAAUAUCGGGGACGUCGUGGACGAACACUUCUCCCGUGCUCUGAGUCAGCCCAGCGCUUUCACCGGUGACGCAAAACCUCCAAGGCUUUCAACAGCACCACUAUGGAAAGAAGGAGGCUCUCUCUCAGACGGUCACAGUGCCAGCAGUUUACCUCCCACCCUGUGGAGCAGCAGCUACCCCUCUCCGCCAGCAUCCUGCAUCUCCGCAGUGCACCCGGACUUCCCUACCGGAGCUGCCUUCCACCCGGCGGACACGGCAAGCCUCUGGAGUGGGCACGGCCUCCCACAGCUCAGCCUGACCCCCGCAGCAGCAGCCGGCCUCUCGGACUCCUGGCACUAUGGUCUCAGCCCUCAGGGUGGUGCUAGCUACCCCUCGCACAUGCACGACCUGUACGGCCACCACGUGCACCCGCGCCAUGCCCACCCGCACACC